AUGGAGCUCGACGACGACGCCAAGCCUAACCUGACUGCGCUCAAUCGCAACCUGAGCUCUGGCGGCUGUAGCGACAACUUCAAAGACGAGCGCAACGGCAGCGUCGACGAUUGUCUGAAGCACGGCACAGACAGCAGUGCAUCGGCUGCAAAAGCUCCCGUCAAACGUAGGGCCCCGAUUGCCUGCCGAAGAUGUCGCCGCAUGAGAAGCAAAUGUAUUCAUGAGAAGGCAUCACCACCUUGUAAUGCCUGCAAAGAGGCUGGCUUAGGGGCCUCCGAUUGCAUUUUCCCUGUUCGAGGGCAGCCUGACGAUGAUCGUGACUAUCGCCAUCCACGCAUGAGAGCUGAAAAGGCUAGCAAGCGUGACUUAAUUAAGACACGUCGCGAAGUCCUCGAUGCCCCUGUGUUUCCUCUCAGCGUGGCGCCUGCGGAUCGACUCAAGCACGCUGAUGAAUGGGAUCUUAUGCCACCGCUCCCCGAAAUUGUAGAGGCAGUUCACCUCUUUACUCGAAAGUAUUUCCAAUUAGGCUUCAUUCCUAAGCAGUUGUUCCCCGCCCGGCUCCAGCGCGAUCACCGGUCCGUCAGCAUCUUUCUGCUCCUUAGCAUCCUCAGUAUCUCAGCACGCUUCUCCCUCGCCCUGACGCGGCGUUAUCAGGGCGAGAUCAAGGCGGCCGACUUUUUCAUGGAAAGGGCCAGUACCUUGGCACUCAAUGAACUGUACUCGGAGCCAACGCUUGAGCGGUGCCAGGCGUUCUAUCUUCUGAGCAUCGCCCAACAAGGAAGUGGCUGGCGAAAUCGAAGCUAUAUCAACCUCGGGAUUGCCACGAGGAUGGCCGUCCUCAUGCAUCUUCACCGCGAGGAGACCUAUGUUAUCAAGGUACCGACGAAAGAACUGGUUAUCAAGGCCGAGUCCGCCAGGCGUACUUUGUGGAUGCUCCAUAGUCAGGACAACCUCCACUGUGGCGCGAAAUCUCCUAUCUCGUUAGCCGCUAGCGACAUUACUUGUCUUCUGCCAAGUGACGAGAAUGACUUUGCGAACGGCAAUGAGCCCAAGUCUCGCGCUGCCCUCGAAGAUACCCCACCUGCCCGCGAGAACCCAUCUCUCAUCCAUCAGCCUACUCGGUCGCUAUUUGCGAGUCUUAUUCAAGCCCACUACUACUGGGGCAAGGUAGCCCGCAGAGCGAUGGUUUCGACAAAGAGCUCUUCGCCUUGGGAUCCCACAAGUGAAUAUUCCAAGAUGGCAGCGAGUUUGGCAAGUUGGGAACAGCAGCUACCACCAGACCACAAGUGGAGUAUGGUUCUGCUGAAAGGGCACAAAUCCGUAGGCGAGGAUCUUGCAUACAUGAGCGUGACGAUGGUUACAAAACUCUGCAAUGUGGUUCUUAGAAGACCAUACCUCGAUGACAUCAUACACCCCGAGCCCAAGAGCCAGGCUCACCGCGUGUUCUUCUCCCACUUGUCCGACGAAUUGUUCCGCAAUGUUCGUGACUUGUUUGAGCAAAUCGACAACCAAUUCUCCGUACGAGGCGCUGAUGAAAGCGUUGGUGCCCAGAUGGCUUCCUUCUGCGUCUACAGCUGUGGUCUGUUUUCGACCUAUCUAUGCAAAUACAAGAACAGUAAGCUUUCUUUGCCCCCGCCAUAUCACUAUUCUAAGGAUCAUCCUGACGUUGGCAAUAGUUUGUUCUGA